UUUUUUUCACAUCUAUCCCUCUCUCUUCUCGUUUGCGAGCGGCGAGGGUUUGGUGGGCUUUUGGUUGCUUUUAGAUCGGUGAAUCUUGAGAAAUCGAAGAUAUAUGUGAGAAUUCUAACCCUAGUUCUGUGUUUUUUGGCGGUGUUGAGGUGUUUUUCUUUGUGCAUGAAUGGACCCUAGAGAACCUUCAAAAAUGAAUUCACCAGAGCCUCCUGGCAUGAUGGUGGGUUCUAAUCCUUUCGGCCCGGUGCCGACUAAUUCGAUGGCGAUGCCGCAGAGCUCUGUAGGGAUGAUGAUGCCGGGAAUGCGGCUCUCUUUUAACCACAUACCACCUAAUGUGUCAAAGUCCUUAGACUCUCCUAGCUCUUUGUUCCAUGGCGAUGGAAUGCAGGGAAUUAGGCCUGGUAUGCUGAACAUGGGCGUAGAGCCGGUGAAGAGGAAGAGAGGUAGACCGAGGAAAUACGGACCGGAUGGCAGUAUGGCAUUGGCUUUAUCUCCGAUGCCUUCAGCUCCAACUUACUCCAACAAUCAACAAUCAGAAUCAACGGGUAAAAGGCGUGGCCGCCCACCGGGGUCGGGAAAGAAGCAACAGCUUAAUGCCUUAGGUUCUGCAGGGUUUUCUUUUACUCCGCAUGUCAUUACUGUUAAAUCUGGAGAGGAUGUUGCUUCAAAGAUUUUGGCCUUUUCACAGCAAGGUCCUCGCACAGUAUGCAUUCUCUCGGCUAAUGGCAUUGUUUGUAAUGUUACUCUUCGACAAUCUUCAACUUCUGGUGGGACUGUGACUUUUGAGGGUCGCUUUGAGAUCAUCUCUCUUUCAGGCUCUUAUUUGCUCACAGAGAAUGGUGGCACUCGAAGUAGAACUGGGGGUUUGAGCAUCGCUUUAGCUGGGCCAGAUGGUCGCGUACUCGGAGGUGGUGUAGCCGGAAUGCUUAUGGCAGCAGGCCCUGUGCAGGUUGUGGUGGGUAGUUUCAUAGCAGAAGGAAAGAAGCAGAAGUCUGAAGGACUGAACAUCGACCCUUCAUCAGCGCCACCGCAAAUCACAGGCUUCAGCGCACCAUCGGUUGCAAGCCCACCGUCGCAGGGCACCUCAAGCGAAUCAUCCGAUGACUCUGCAGGAAGCCCAAUCGAAAACAGAGUAAACUGCAACAACGCAAUGCCUCCAGUGCACAAUAUGCUGUACAAUCCCAUGGGAUGGCCUCACCCGGCAAAUCAGAUUCGGCAUGACGCUGAGCGAAAGAUGAUGCCUUAAGAGAUAAAUUAUCAACAUCGAUCAAUUAGUUAUUUGUAAUAUGGUAGUUCUUCAUCUAGUAUUUGGCUGAUGUUACCCUCUUUCUGCACCUUAUCAGUCUUCUAAUUAGGCUUAGUGUUUUAUGUCGUCGGAAGUUCAGGAUGACUAAAGUGACAUUUAACUCUGCAGUUGAGUUGUUUUACAAAUUAGUAAAGUUCAGGUUUUUCAUGCCAAUGCAAAAACAUCGCUUUCAUUUCACAA